CUUCAGCUAGGAACUCCAGUUUGAUGUGCUGUGUUGCUAGACGGACGGAACACGUUUCCGGUUUAGUUACGACGGUGAGUUAAAAGUUGAUCGAUAAAAAGGUUUGAAUGAACAACGGACUUGAGAUGACAUUUUAUGGAGCAUGCUGUCUUGCGCUUAAGAGGAGACUGUUUGCCAAAUAAUACACAGAUCUGUUCGGCUCGUACUCCUGUGUUGAACUCUAACAGAGCUAGAUAACUAGUUGGCGUGGUGGUCUUUACAGCUAGCUUCAUAGCUAGCAAGUGACUUUGCUUAUAUAACAUGACAUUAAUGAAUAAGACACAAAUUAGAAGGUAUUCGUGCUUUGAACAACGUCCACACUUUAUCCCCUCUGCACUAACAUUAUACUGGUGGCAUAAGCUAGCCAUUUUACUGGUAAAACCACCUGCCAAUCAAUAAGCUAUGAUCCAUAGCAUGAAAGAAGUACUCCGGCGGAUACACAACAUAUUCCUCAAAGUCGCUCUGUUUCCGAGCGCACUGCGGACGAAAGGACGGCUGCGUCCCGCAGCUUCGGAGGUGUUGACAUGUCACCUGCUCCAGCGGAACCUCCCUCCCUGGACCUCCUUCUGUGUCCGCUACAGCGUCGUCAAUAACGACCAGUUCGGGAGGUCCAACUUCAACUGGACGGUACAGGGAGCCAAUUACCAGAUACUGAGGACGGGGUGUUUCCCCUUUAUCAAGUACCACUGUUCCAAAGCACCAGCACAGAACUUAGACUACGAAGACACGUUUUUCAGCAUGUUAAAAGUCAUCAAUCUAGGCAUCCCGUGUUUCGCCUAUGGCAUGGGCUGUCUGAUGGUAAUAACAGCUACAGAGAUUGUACAGACUAGUGCUGGACCUGUCACUGUAUAUUUUGCCUUCAAAGAGAAAGACACACACUAUUAAAACGAUCUAUUUAUGUGCUUGGAAGCUAGUUUAUUUUCAGUGUUAAUAUCGUGCACUGAAUUGAGACACUUGAACUGUCAUGUUUAGAUUGAACUGUGCCUGUGGUGACAACAAGCAAAUCCUAAUACGACCUGAUAUUUCAGCACCACAGGGCAGUGGACAGCUGUAAGACGCCUGAAGGGGAAUGCUCCCCAAGACUGUUCUGCCAUAAUGAUUUCAAUCCCUUAAAAUUGUAAAUAUUAGGGAAUAAAUCUGCAAAUAAUUGAAA